AUGGGUCUUUUUGGAAAGAAAGUCUCUCCAGAAGAAAAGUUGAAGCAGUUCAAGCUCUCCAUUCGCAAGUCUUGCCGUGAAAUCGAGCGUGAAAGGAGACGUCUUGAGCAAAAUGAAGUUAAAAUGAAAAAUGAAAUGAAGAGACUCGCUCAAAAGAACGAAUUAGAUUCUGUAAUGAUCAUUGCAAAAGAUGUUGUUCGCAACCGCAGUGCUAUGAAGAAAUUCCUUAAGCUUGGUUCUCAGCUCGAAUCAUUAGGCCUUCGUAUCGAAACAAUCAAGGCUCAAGCUGGUGUUACAGCCGCUCUUAAGGGUGCAGCUGGUGCUAUGACACAGCUCAACAGAAUGGUUAACUUACCUCAAAUGCAGGCAAUCAUGAUGAAGUUCAUGCAAGAGAACGAAAUGAUGGACAUGAAGUCCGAAAUGGUCGAUGAACAAAUGGAUGACCUUUGGGAUGAUGAGGGCACAAUGGAAGAAGAGACAGCAGCUCAGUAUUCCCAAAUCUUCUCAGAAAUGGGCAUCCCAGUCCCAGCUAACAUUGCUGCUGCUACUGGUGAAGGUCCAAUUGCUGGUGUUGCUUAA